UGGAAUGAAUUUACAGAAAUGGAUUUGUACGGGCUGAUCGUCAUGGCAACUGUGCUGACUCUGCAGAUGCCAGAGUCUGAGUCCCAACUAUCUGUUUGUGGUCGGCCAUCGCUUAACACCAGGAUUGUUGGAGGACAGGUUGCUCCUGCAGGCAGCUGGCCCUGGCAGGCUAGUCUCCAUAGACCUACACACUUCUGUGGAGGAUCCCUUAUCAACAAUCUGUGGGUGCUGUCUGCGGCUCACUGUUUUUCAAGUUCCAACACAGCUGGUCUGACUGUGAUUCUGGGUCUUCAGAGUCAAGAGGGAGUCAACAGCAAUCAGCAGACUUUUAAUGUAGCUCAGAUCAUCGUUCAUCCUAGCUACAACUCCGGAACAAAAGAUAACGACAUAGCCCUCCUACAGCUCUCUACACCUGUAACUUUUACCGAUUACAUUUCACCGGUCUGCCUGGCAGCCUCAAACAGCACCUACUUCAGUGGAGUUAACACCUGGGUCACCGGCUGGGGAAAUACUGCGAGUGGAGUGUCCCUCCCUUCUCCACAAAAUCUCAUGGAGGUUCAGGUGCCAAUUGUGGGGAACAGACAGUGUAACUGUGAUUAUGGAGCAGGCAGAAUCACUGACAACAUGCUGUGUGCCGGGCUAGCUGAAGGAGGGAAGGACUCCUGCCAGGGAGACUCAGGAGGUCCGCUUGUGAGCAAACAGGGCAGCGUUUGGGUUCAAGGAGGAGUCGUCAGUUUUGGAAUAGGAUGUGCUCAACCUAAUUUCCCAGGAGUCUAUACUAGAGUGUCCCAGUAUGAGAACUGGAUCCAAAGCCAGAUAACCAGCAACCAGACUGGCUUCAUCACCUUCUCAUCCUCUGGAACUGAUAGUGACCUUAAUGUCUCAUGCACAGGCGUGCCACCAAUUUCAGUCACCACCACUACAACCACCACUACAACCACAACUACAACCACAACAACCACCCCUAUGACCACAACAACAACCACUGCUUCAACCACAACCAUAACCACUCCUACAACUCUUACAACCACCACCACACCAAACACCGGCUCAACACCAACAACAAUACCUGCAAUCACCACCACCACCACACCAAACACUGGCUCAACAACUACCACCACCCCUACAACCACAACCACCAUCACUACAACCACCACCCCUACAACCACAACCACCACUACAGCAACCCUUGCUCAAACAAUACCUGGGCCUGUGGUUUGUGGACAAGCCCCGCUAAAUUCUCGUAUUUUGGGGGGAAGCUCUGUAGUGACGGCCGGCGAGUGGCCAUGGAUGGCGAGCCUGCUGCAUAAUGGAACGCAUGUUUGUGGUGGGACGCUGGUGGCCAAGGACUCUGUGCUGACCAAUGCCAACUGCUUCUCAGGACCCUUCGUGGCCUCUGAGUGGGCGGUCGUGUUGGGUCGCUUAAAGCAGAAUGGAUCAAAUCCCUCUGAAGUUUUAUUUAAUGUGAUAAAUAUCACUCUGAGCAACCUGACUGGGACCAACAUAGCAGUACUCAAACUGUCAGCCCAGCCCACCCUGAAUAACUUCAUCCAGCCCAUCUGCCUGGACAAUGGACAAACCUUCCCUGUGGGCUUGACAUGCUGGGCUGCCGGCUGGAGCUCUGGGACAGGAGGGGAUGAGAAAAUUCUGCAGGAGUUCAAGACUUUAGUGCUAAACUGUGGAAAUGCAUCAACAAGCGACAGCAUUUGUACCGGACUGUUUACACUGGGGAUGGGUGAUUCUGGAGACCCACUCAUGUGUGUGAAGGACGGCUCUUGGUACCAGGCGGCUGUGUUGUCGUUCACGGGAACCUCUGGAACCUCUAGCAGGCGAAAACGAGAGACUGCAGUGAUGGUGUUUGAAAAACUAACGCGCUUCCAGACCUUCCUGACUCGCUCACUGGGGACAUUCUUGUCCCCUUUCUCUACCACCAACAGCACCAGCAACAGCACCAGCAACAGCACCACCAACAGCACCACCAACAGCAACAGCACCAGCAACAGCACAGCCUCCACUGUUACAGCUGCCAUAAUGACAACCAACCAGGGCACUCCCAUUCACUUCCCCUCCCUCUUCUGCCUCCAUCUCCUCAUCCUUGCCUUGUGUCUCCAACUCUUCUCAUAGAAGAGUCCAGCUUCACCUUAUUUACAUGAUGUGAUGCACACAAAUGAAUGUAAACAAAGCUUGAAUGUGACACUUUAAAGGCUUAAACGGAGGUGAUCUAUGGCUUGACUCUGAGUAGAGAUAGGAAGUUUAAUCCGGCAUUCGGGGAUCCAGCUUUCAGAGUAUUGAUAACCUUUCAGCCCCAGUUUAAGCAUGCAUGUUGAUGCACUACACAAUGAUGAAAGCAUCCAGAAAUACUUUGUGUUUCUGUGCUAAGAAAUGCUAUUUUUACUGUAAAAUAAUGGGUCUUUUUUUUCCUCUGAUGGAUGUUUUUUGAAGGAUGUUAAGAUGAAGAAUGUUCAAAUCUGUACUGAAAAUAAUUCCUGUAGCAUUACAGGAUUUCAUGAUGCUUGAAGCAAUAUACAUACACAUAUACAUUGUUUUCUAAAUCUGUACAUUGGUAAAAUGUGUGUCAUCUUUAUAGUUUAUCUAUUUAUCAAAUGUUCAUCUGAUAAAUGGGACAUUUAUGGGACAACUGAUUGCAUCGUGGAUUUUAUUAAACUAAUUUGGUGUAAAUGGGUUUAGGAAACCAUUUGUUAGAUGUUACAGGAAUUCUGCAUCAGCUAUGUGCCUGUCCAUCAUGUGAAAGAUUUAUAAUAUUAUCAUGUGGAUUUUUAUCUAAAAUUCAAAGCACACAAUGGUGAGUGCCAGUAUUUGUAUUAGAAAUGAUAUUGAUCAACCUGCACUGCAUUAAAUGAUUAUUUAACUGUUUAUUUAACCAAGAGAUAAAACCACUUUUACAGGGCUACAUGUACAUCAACAUGAUUACAUGUACACACCACAGAAAACAAAUAACAGCCAUCAGAACUAUAAGGGAUGAUAAAUAAAUGGGAAUGUUGGUUUUGGGUCUACACAGGGAACACAUUUGUUGUCUUAAUGAGAAAGCAACAAAAAACCUUUCUGUUUUUGUUAUGAUCAAAAUCCUGAUUGAUUCUCUGACUUUAUUUUGAUUGAAGAAAUAUCACAGUUUUUUAACACCAAUAAAAGUAAAAACUCUGAGAAUUUUCUGUGUAUGAUAAUCUACAAUUGUGCAGUAACUUACUCUGGUGUUAGGAUUUCCCCUGACAAGUCGCAACCUCAUCCCCCAAACUUUUCCCGAUGAGAGGGUUUAACACCUGCACUUUUUC